AUGAGUAGGGAGGAUAUUAUUGACUCACCACAGGUGCUAAAUCCCAGUAAUGUCAGUAAUUCAUUCUUCCUGAGGUGUGUUACAGUUUUGGAAAUCCUGAAAACCAUUUCCAACUUAAAAGUAAAUACAUCCAGUGACUGGAAUGACAUCUCAGGCAAAUUUCUGAGAGAAUGCAGUAAUGAAUUAAUAAAGCCACAGAAACAUUUAAUAAACAGCACUUUCAGCCAUGGGUUGUUUCCUGACUUCUUAAAAGUCACUAAAAUAAGACUAGUGCACAAAAAGGGAAUAACUACCGAUGUGAAAAAUUAUAGGCCUAUUUCAUUGACAUCAAUACUCAGUAUUUCACUGACAUCAAUACUCAGUAAGUUGUUGGAAAGGCUACUUCCUGAUCAACUUGAGUCAUUUUUCUGCAAGUGCAAUCUACUAAAAAGCUCUCAGGACAGUUUCAGGAAGGACAGAUCUACAAUAACAGCUGUACCUACAUUUUUUCAAGCAGUACUGCGUAAACUUGAUGAUGGAAACAAAACUGUGUCCAUGACUGUAAAAGUUAUUAUGGACAAAUAA